AUGCCUCCACAAGACGCUCCCUCUCCCACCCCAUCUGUUGCUGGGAAGCGCGGCCGCGGCUCGACUGGCCCUUCUGCGCCGCGCAACAAGCGGCGCAAGGGGGAUGGGACGGGAACGCCUGCGCCAGACAGUGGUGCUGAAGGGAACACGCGCAAGCCUGUCAACUUUGGUGUCGGGAUGGUCAAGGGACGCGAGGAGGAGUGGAGCGAACCUGCAGACGUCAAGACAAAGAUCAACUUUCUCGACUUACCCACGGAAACACUCUACGCCUACCUCGAGGCACACGAUCUCCUCCCACACUGGGACGUGUCGCCUUGGAGCGAGCAGCCAUGCACGCCACCAACGAUGGCCGCGUUGUACACGAUCCCGCCGCCUCCCCCCCUCGUACCCAUUAACCCAGAGCCAAAGGAGAAGCAGCCCGAGGCUGAGCCAGAGGCCGAGUCCGAGUCCAAACCCGUGGAAGUUGAUGGGGAGAUUGCAGAGGAUGGGAUCGCGGUCCCCACGACGCGCAGCAAGACUGCCCCUCUCCGCCAAGCAACCAGCUCAUCCCCAGCCCCGAACCCUGCGAUCAAGAGAGGCAUCAUGACUCUGGCGGACGUUCAUGCAGCUCAUGCGGUGCUGGCAGAAAAGGCCAACCAGCACUGGGCCAAGGGCCUUGGUGGGGGCCAGAAUCGCGAAGGGGAGACGAUUGUUAAUUUCCUGUACAAGAACAAGGUUGGCCACACCGAUGCUCUCUCUGGAGAUGUCACCGCACACGACCUUGCAACCGCCCCCGGCAAGGAGCGGGAGCGCGAACCCUUCUUUGGCGGUGACACGGCCAACAUCAGCAACUCGGACGCGAUGGACGUUGACACCAACGGCGGAGAGUCGUCUGGCGUCAACCAGUCCGCGGUGGUACUUGCAGGUGCGUCGCCCAGCGUCGACCCUCCAGCAGACGGCGCGACGCCAGUCGGCGCAGGCGACGCGCGGAUGAACUCGAACGACCUGCACGCACUUGCGACGACGUAUCUCGCGAGCCAGACGCACCCGCUCGUCGUGCCUUCGUACUCGUCGUGGUUCUCGCUGUCAACCAUCCACCCCAUCGAACGCAGGUCGCUUCCCGAGUUCUUUAGUAAGCGCAAUCGCUCAAAGACGCCCGCCAUCUACAAGGAUUAUCGCGAUUUCAUGAUCAACACGUACCGCCUCAACUCUGGCGAGUACCUAACUGUGACUGCGUGCCGCCGCAACCUCGCCGGUGAUGUCGGAGCAAUCAUGCGCGUCCACGGCUUCCUCGAGCAGUGGGGUCUCAUCAACUACCAGGUCGACCCAGACACGCGCCCCGCGCCCCUUGGUCCGCCAUUUACCGGUCACUUCCGCGUCACGGUCGACACACCCAAGGGUCUUAGCAACCUGCACCCCGGGAGCAAGCCUGGGACUGGCGCGCUUGGCCCUGUCAACGGCGUCAAGCCCCACCCCACUAACCUUGACCUCCGCAAGGUCAUUUACCAGAGCACGGCCAAGACGACCAAGGCGACGACCGAGGAGAAGGCUGCCAAGGCCGCUGUUGAGCAGAGCAACGGUGUGGCCCAGCCCCAGCCCAAGAGCUACGCCUGCGAGACAUGCGGCACAGACUGCACGCGCACGCGCUACCACAGCCUCAAGGACGGCGAAUACACUGUGUGCCCGAGCUGUUACGUGAGUGGGCGCUUCCCGAGCACCAUGUUCUCGGGCGACUUUGUGCGUCUCGACGACGAGGUGUUCAAGCACGGUGCGAGCGGCGCCGGUCCCGAGUGGACCGACCAGGAGACGCUCCUCCUCCUCGAGGGUGUUGAGAUGUACGACGACGACUGGAAGGCCGUCGCCGACCACGUCGUGACCCGGAGCAAAGAGCAGUGCAUUGCCAAGUUCCUCCAGCUCCCCAUUGAAGACAACUACCUGUCCGCCGACCCUGCAGCGCAGCUGGGCCCGCUCCGCUACCAAGCAGGCAUGAACGGUAUGCCGUUCGAGGGCGCCGAAAACCCUGUCAUGAGUGUGGUAACCUUCCUGGCCAGCGCGGUUGGACCUGCAGUCGCCGCCGCCGCCGCGCAGAGCGCGCUUGGCGAGCUCGCACAGAGCCUCAAGCGUAAGCGCAAGGACGAGGACAAGGACAAGGAGGGCGAGAAGCGCGCAAAGUCGGAGGACGUCAAGCCUGAAGCUGGCGAGGGCACCCCUGCCGCUGCUGAGGAAGGGUCCAAGUCCAAGUCGCCCGAGAAGGAUGCUACGGCCGAGGCAGCUGAGGCUGAGGCAGCGGACAAGGACGGCGAUGCGCUGUCCAAGAGCUCACUGGAACGCGCUGCGAGUGUGGCCCUCGGUGCUGCGGCGGCCAAGGCCUCGACCCUCGCGAGCCACGAGGAGGGACGCCUGAACGCUCUCGUGUCCCGCCUCGUGGCGGCGCAGGCGCGCAAGGUCGAGCUCAAACUCGCCCUGUUCGAGAAGCUCGAGGACGUGCUCGAGGACGAGAAACGCAAGCUCGAGCUCGACCGUCAGCGCCUCUUCCGCGACCGUCUUUCCGUGCAGAAGCAGCUUGCCGAGGUGGAGCGGUUGCUCGCACGCGCUCGCUCCGAGCCCAAGGCCGUCACUCCCGGCGAGGUCGAGGCCGUCCGCACCGCCCUCGCACCCAAUACGGCCGAGCAGGCGACGCGUCUUGCGCCGGAGGCUGAAGCGGCUGCUGUGGCUGAGCUCAAGGCCGAUUCAGCGGCGCCAGCGCCCACUGGAGACGGUGCUCAACCACCGCCCCCGCAGCCGUCUGUUGCCCAGCUUUAG